AACUGCGAGCGGGCAAAGUUCGCCGACGCGGGGCUGGGUGCGCGUGCGAUGGGGGAGGGUCUGGGCCGCGGCUCCUUAUAAGCCUCUUCCCCCCGCAGGCUCCGAGCACCCGAGGAGCUGAGCUGUAGCGAGUCGCCGCCGCCGCCGCCGCACAUUGAACUCUGCACUCGAGGUGCAAGAAGAGACCCAGCGGGACCUCGUUUUUAGACGAGCGAGGAGCUAACGCGUUUUCUCGCUUCGGAUUGGGACGCAAGCGCCUCUCAUUAAGCGGUCGUCUUAGAUGAACAAACGGGAACUCGCGGUGACGGCGGCGGCUCGCAAACGAUCGAGAACCCCUGGUCGCGUGCGCAACUGAGAGGCGAAGGCCCCCCCCCCCCGGACCACUGACGACACCAUGACCUCAGCCGGGCGACCCGGAUCAGCCGCAUGAGUUCAUGUCCGAAGCCCCUCCGUCGACGGCUGGAAACAGGUUAACCGCCCCGAUGUCAGGGCACAACUUGAAGAUGCAGGCUUCGCCUUUUGAGAAGGCCGGGAUAUUCUCACGGAUUUUUUUCAGGUGGCCCAGGCACGUGCUGAGGAAGGGUUACAAGCACCGCAUCGAGCGCUCGGACAUCCACCGGACUCCCCAGCAGGAUCAGGCGGACACGCUCUCCGAGAGGCUCGAGAGGGAGUGGGACAGAGAAAUCUCGCAGUCAGAAAACCGCCCCCACCUGCUCACCGCGAUUCGGCGGUGCUUCCUGUGGCGCUUCGUGGGCCUGGGAGUCAUCAUGCUCCUCGCGGAAUUCACCAAGGUGGUGCAGCCCUUCUUCCUGGGCCAGAUCAUCGCCUCCUUCAACCCGAGUACCGUGGACGUGCAGGAGCCGCUGCUGCUGGCGCUGGGGCUGAGCGCGUGCUUCGUCGUGAGAACGCUGCUGCUGCACCCCGCCGUGUUCGGGCUCCAGCACCUGGGUAUGGACGUGCGGAUUGCCACCUUCUGCCUCAUUUACAAGAAGAUCAUGAAGCUCUCAAGCAGCGUCUUGGAUAAGAUCACCGUGGGACAGCUGGUCAGCUUGCUGUCGAACAACCUGAACAAGUUUGAUGAGAGCCUGACCCAGGCCCACUUCAUCUGGAUCGCGCCAAUACAGUGCGUGGGCUUGCUGGCCUUCCUAUGGCGAGAGCUGGGGCCCUUCUGCCUCGUGGGAUUCGCCAUUCUGCUGAUCGUGACGCUGCUCCAGGCGUGGCUGGGCCACAAGAUCAACUCCUACAGAGACAAGCGCGGAGGGAAGAUCAACGAGCGCAUCGCCCUCACGUCGGAGGUGCUCGAGAACAUCGAGGCCAUCAAAGUGCACGGCUGGGAAGAGGCCAUGGGGAAGCUCAUCGACGAGCUGCGCAAGCAGGAGCUGAAGCUGACGAGCAGAGCCUCCUACAGCAGAUACUUCAACAGCGCGGCGUUCUUCUUCUCGGGCGUGUUCGUCGUGUUCGCCUCCAUCCUGCCGUACGCCGUGUACAACGAGCUCACGCUGCGCCGGGUGCUCACCUCCGUCAGCUUCUUCAACGUCCUGCGCAUGGCCAUCACCAGGUCGCUGCCGUGGUCGCUACAGAUGUGGGUCGAUGCGACCGCCUCCAUUCGAAAGAUCCAGGAUUUCCUGUUGCUGAAGGAGUACCGUCCGCUCGACUACAACCUCUCCACCACCGAGGUGGAGAUCGUGUCCAUCACGGCGUCGUGGGAUCAGAUUGAUGGAAUAGUCCCCGAGCAAGGAAGCAAGGUGAAGAACGGAAUCAUCAACGUGGCCGCCACCGAUCUGCCUUUCUACAAGUCGUACGUCCUGUCGGACAUCAACUUCAAGCUGAACAAGGGAGAGAUGCUCAUCGUCAUGGGUUCCUUCGGCUCGGGCAAGAGCUCGCUGCUGCUGCUCAUGCUGGGGGAGCUGCUGCCGUGGGACGGGCGAGUGCGCCACAGCGGCCGCCUCUCCUUCUCCUCCCAGCAGCCGUGGAUUAUCAACGCCUCCGUGCAGGAGAACAUCACCCUCGGCCUGCACUUGGACAAGGCCCUCCUCUGGCAGGUGCUGCGCUCCUGUGGCCUGCAAGAGGAAAUCAUGAAUCUGCCUCAGAAGGAGAAGACGCUGAUUGGGGAGAGUGGCUUCAACCUCAGCGGUGGGCAGAGAGCGCGCAUCUCGCUUGCCAGGGCCGUGUACAGAGAGGCAGAUCUCUAUUUGCUCGACUCUCCAUUCAGCUACCUCGAUGUGUCAACAGAAAAGCAAGUCUUCGAGAGCUGCAUCGACGGCUUCCUGGCUAAGAAGACGCGCAUCCUGGUGACGUCCAAAGUCGAGCACCUGCAGAGGGCGGACAAGGUUCUGAUUCUGAACGACGGAGUCGUUUACUUCUACGGCACGUUCCCCGAGCUGCAGAAGAGCAAGCUGGAGAUCCUGUCGCUCAUCCUGCAGGCGGAGCGCUUCGACAGCUGCAGCUCCGAUCGCCGCGGCUCCAUGAUCACGGGCGUGCUGCGCCGUGGCUCCACGCAUUCCGGUGACGUGGCGACGCCGCCCAACACCGCCAGCGUCGCGGAGCCGCCCCAGGGGACGCAGUUCCCGUUCCAGGCCCAGCGGUUCUCCGUCGUCUCCGCCGGGGCGUCCGUCGUCGUCGCGAUCCCGACGGCCGGCCCGCACGAGCCCGAGGAUCGCCGGCUGUCGCUCAUCCCGGAUACGGAGGAUGGGAAGCAGCUGCUGCCCGCCGCCGGCGCGGGGCCCCUGCACGCCAGCAAGCGCAGGAAGUCGGUGCUGCACCUCAUGUUGGGCGUGUCGGCCGGCUACGAGAACACGCGGCGCAUGGCGCGCAUCCAGCAGCACGCCCCGCACGGCGACCCCUUCCUGCUGCCCAGCGUCGUGCCCCAGAGGCCCCCCCGGAAGUCGCUCACCAGCGUGGCGGAAGAGAGCGACGACGUUCCGGAAGACGACAACAUCAAGGACUGCUUUGUGGACGUGGACGGCGAGGAGGGGGAGCUGGCGAGCUGGACGACGUACCGCCGCUACUUCGGCAGCAGCACGCUCUUUGGCAUCGUGCUGUGCCUCAACCUGGUGCUCUUCGCGAUCCAGGUCAUGGUGUACGGAGUGGGACUAUGGAACCUGCGGAGUCAAGAAGACCGCGUGAACACGACGCGGCCCGAGAACGGCACGGGCGGCGUCCAUAGCUUCACGGACAACUACUACUACUUCUACAUCUACGUGGGGCUGGCCGACAGCUUCUUCGUGCUGGACCCCAUCCGGGGGCUGCUGCUCAUCCACUCGGCGAUCCGCGUGUCGGACACUCUGAGCCGCGGAAUGCUGCGCGCCAUCCUGCACGCGCCCGCCUCCUUCUUCCUGGAGAAGCAGCCAGGCUACAUUAUCAACCGCUUUUCAAAAGACGUGGCCAUCACCGAUGAUCAGCUCCCACUGGCAAUAUUCGAUUACUUCCAGCUGUUUCUCAUCGUGCUGGGCGCGGUGACCGUGGUGAGCGCCAUGAUCCCGUGGACGAUGCUCGUCACGCUGCCUCUCGGCAUCAGCUGCAUGGUCCUGCGCCACUACUUCCUGAGGACGUUCCGCCAGCUCAAGCAGAUGGAGUCGGAAGCCAAAAACCCAAUCUUUGCUCACAUUGUCGCCACUCUGAAAGGGCUGUGGACGAUCAGGGCUUUCAGCCGAGACGACUACUUUGAAAACAUCUUCCACCAAGCCCUGGACAUCCACACGGCCACCUGGUUCCUCUAUCUCUCCGCCUUGCGCUGGUUCCAGAUGCGAAUCGACAUCAUUUUCACACUGUUCAUCACGGCGGUGACGUUCAUUUCCGUGGGGGUGAAGGGUUACAGCGAAGGCUCCAUUGCCAUUGCGCUCACGCUGGCCAUGAACAUCAUGAGCACCUUCCAGUGGGCCAUCAACACCAGCAUCGAGGUGGAGGGCAUGAUGCGUUCCACGGAGCGGAUUUUGCGCUUCAUGGACAUCCCGGAGGAGAGCAGUGGCUUCGUGGUUACGCCGCCGCCGCCGGACUGGCCCAGUGCCGGCCACCUGGAGGUGGUGAACCUCUCCAUGCGGCACUCGCCGACAGCGCCGUACGUGCUCCAGAACAUCUCCUUCAACGUCCAGCAGGGACAGAAGAUGGCGAUCCUGGGCCGCACGGGCGCGGGGAAGAGCACGCUGCUCGCGUGCCUGCUGCUGCAGAGGGACGUGGAGGGAGAGGUGCGCAUCGACGGCUUGUCGGCACGUAACGUCGCACCCUACACGUGGAGGUCGGCGUUCCAGGUCAUCACGCAGAAAAUAUUUAUCUUUACCGGAACGUUAAGGAAAAAUCUGGAUCCAUACGGAAGAUGCAACGAUGAAGAAAUAUGGAAAGCCAUUGACCUGGCGGGCUUGCGCGACGUUGUGGAGGCGCUGCCCGGAGGGCUCGACGUCAUGCUGGUGGAGGGCGGGUGGGUGCUGAGCGAAGGGCAGAAGCAGCUCCUCUCGCUAGUACGCUGCCUCCUCUACAAGGCCCGGAUCCUGCUGCUGGACGAGCCCACGGCAAACCUCGACCAGAUAACGGCACAGACCAUGAUGAGGAUCAUUCGCAAGGAAUUUAAGGACUGCACCAUCUUGGUCUCGGAGCACAGGAUCCGCGCCAUUUACGACUGCAAUCAGAUCCUUGUCCUGGAGGACGGAAAAGUGAGGGAGUACGGGACGGCACAGGUGGUGUUCAAGAAGAGCGCCCUGUUCCGCGAGUUCGUGCCGGACACGGGCUCGUUCCGGGGGCACCCCGUGAGGAGCAGCAUGACCCUCAGACACUCCAUCAAGCACAUCUCCCUCCAGGAGGAGCUGGCCGAAGACGACAUCAUACAAGAGACGAGGCUCUAGCUCACGACACCGGCGGAGAUGAAAGUAUUUCCGCAGUUUUGUUGGCGAGCCUCACUUGGAGGCUUUUUUUUUGUAAAUGUGCGUCUGUGUGUGUGAGUGUGUGCGCAUAGUUGGUGCGUGUGGAUAUCCAGCAGGUGGAGUGGUGGCACAGUGGUUAGUGCACCGCACUACGAACCCGGCGACCUCUAAGUUUUAUUCCUGACCAUAGCCAACAAAAAUGGCGAAUGCUUGAACCGUCCUGGGCCUUCACCAAGUGGACUUGGCUUUAAUUAUCACGUGGUGGAAUGUGUUUGCAUCAGCAUUGGACAGAUGAAGAGUGCCGGGUCUUGGCCCUUAAUAGGUGCUUGCUAAGAGCACCUGCCCUAACAAUCUAUUUGAGGCUAUAUGGAGAUGUUUGUCUGGCACAGUGUGCAGCCCAGAUGUGUGAGCGGUUAACACCAUAUAAGGUUGGAGAUCGUUUGUAAUGCGGAGAAUGUUUCUGGUUCAGAAUUGCUACAACGUCUAAAGAAAUGUUUUCAUGAGAUUUUCAUCAUCGCAUCCAUUUUGUUUGCAAACGAAAGUAGUGAAGGUGGUAAUUGCGACUGCAGACACCUGCCAUUCACAACUGCAUGGGACUUGUCUCCCAUUCUGGAAAAGUGAAAGUCCCUGGGUUUGACGCGCGUGCAAGGGCUGUCCACAGCGCAGUCUGGCGCACGGGUGGAGAACCGUUGCCUAUGCCGGGGUCCAAACAAACCGAUCCCUCCGGAUCCCUGAGGCGGGCUGGCACACAUCGGCACGUUUUCCCUCCAGCGUUCGAUUAGCGCAGCCGACCUGCUCGAAGUGACGGAUCAACAUUGCUCGUGGUCCGUUGGCCAACUCGUUGGCUUCACGUGGCAGCGGGCCGGAUGAAAUGAAGUCACGGGCCAGGCGUGGCCCAGGGCCGCAGGCUCCCCACCCCUGGGGCCUAGGUGUGCCGCGGCAGCGCACGCGAUGCGCGCACGAGGAGGACGCGUGGAGGAUCUCGCUCGGCACCAGCGCACGAAGUUUGUGCUUCGUCGGUGUCUCGUGAGGUACGGCAACAGCUCGAUUGUCCCAAAUUGCAGAGACAGCAGAAAACAGCAGCAGGAGCUCACAGGCACAGCGUGAACAGCCGAUCGUCAUGUGAGGCUAUCAACCGUCCCGUUUUGGCCAGGACAAUCUUGGCUUCGGCUGUUCCAGUGUCCUUAAGUGUUUCCAAAGAAAAUUGGGAUUUUGUUCCCGGUUCAAAAUUUUCUGGCUUCAUGCAUGAAUCUUGAUUUGGGCAAAGGGCGGGGCUACCUGAAUAUUGGGCGGGGUUAAUAGAGUCGGCUGGGCCCUCUGAGCAACAUCGAAUAGCGAAUCCAUGCGCUGUGCGUGUGAAGCUCGCGGAUAAGUGGGCGUGGCUACCUUAAAGUGGGAGGGGCUGACCGAGGCAAGGGCUAACAGUUCACUACUUGACCUGGUUGGGCCUCACAGUAAGGUUAGUAGUCACGUGGAGCGUGGUUGAGGCUGUAUGAGGCUGGAGUGUGGUUGUAGCUGUGAUGGAAGGGUUGUUGUUGUCGUAUGUUUUUCGUUGUGUCUCUGCUCCUGUAAUUCAGUGUCUACUGCCAGCAAGUUCUGUAAGUGGCGGCCUCCCGUGACACUUAGUUUUUUCUAAUUGUUGUGUUUGACUCGUCCAGAUUAUGUAGAUUUCUGGAUCAGCGGUGACCAUGUUAGUGUGAGUUUACUGUAUUUUUGUUGUUGCUGUACUGCCUAUAAGAGGGAAGCUAGAGUUGAACUCAAAGGGCGCUAAUCACGAGUUGCUUCCCAGCUGAGCACUGCUCAGAGCACUGUGUUCACUUUUGCAGAGCGUUGGGUCUUCACGCAUGUACAGAUGCUAUCAGUUAAAGUAAGGGUGCAAUCUGUCCGGGUAUGAGCCGCACAAUCCGGGAAUUGGCAUCUGCGUUUGUGUGGCAGGAUUUGAUUUGUGCCGAUAUCUGCUACCGGUCUUCUGUUCAACUUUACUGCAGGAUACUGCACCGUGUUUCAUAGACCUCGGCUGACUGCGAAAUACGUCUGGGUUUGGUCGACUGUGAAAAACAGUGGCAGCCCUCAUUUAAAGGAGGUGAAAAGAAUGUUACCAGCAACUGAUAUUGUACUCGAUUUACACCCCCAGAAGAAGUUUUAAAGCAACCUUUUGCUAUGCAGUGGAGAACGAGGGCUAGGGCUUGUCGACAGGGGCGGAGCCAGGAUUUUGACUUUGGGGGGGGGCUGACUUCAAUAUUGUGAGAUAUCCAGUGUAAUGUUUUCCAAUGGGCGCCACAAA